CUCAUUAUCGUCUAAUGCGGAAGCGUCCGGAUGAGUUUGCAAAAAUUGGUUUUGAUUCGACCGCCGGGCACAAUUGGCGCGUACGAAUUCAGUCGCCUCGAUGCUACCGGCAAACGCGCACGAUUUUAAACCUGAGUGUCGUCUGAGCUGAUUAAACAACGACUGAGCAAAGUCUAGCUUUCAUCAGGCAGUCUUUGAAAUCCGCUACGAUGGAUCACCUGGAAGGAACACACUUUGACGGCUCGAUACCUCAUAUUUUUGUAAUACUUGGAGCAUCUGGUGACUUGGCGAAGAAGAAGAUCUAUCCAACUUUGUGGUGGCUGUUCAGGGACAACCUGUUGCCAAAAACGACGACAUUCUUUGGAUACUCGCGCAGUAAAUUGACAGUGAAAAGCAUUAGGGAAAACUGCCACAAGUAUAUGAAUGUCAAGCCUGAGGAAGCUGGAAAGUAUGAGGAAUUUUGGUCUUUGAAUCAUUACGUUUCUGGAAAAUACGACGUGAGACGAGACUUCGAACUGCUUAAUCAGGAACUCGAGAAAUUUGAAAAACCUGCCGCUGCUCACAGACUUUUUUAUCUGGCUCUGCCUCCCUCUGUUUUCGAAGAAUCCACAUCACACAUCAGGAGUACCUGCAUGGCCGGAAAAGGCUGGACAAGGAUAAUUAUAGAAAAACCGUUUGGACGUGACGCCGCCUCGUCUGAGCAACUUUCUAACCACCUUGCGUCGCUCUUCAAGGAGGAACAAAUGUACCGGAUAGAUCACUACCUGGGUAAAGAAAUGGUGCAGAAUUUGAUGACACUGAGGUUUGGGAACAGGAUAUUCAGCCCAACUUGGAACAGGGACAGCGUAGCUUCGGUUCAGAUUUCUUUCAAAGAGCCGUUUGGGACUCAGGGAAGAGGAGGGUACUUCGACGAGUUCGGCAUCAUAAGAGACGUCAUGCAAAAUCACCUUCUUCAGAUACUAUCCCUGGUGGCGAUGGAGAAACCCGCUUCUUGCCAUCCGGAUGACAUUAGAGACGAGAAAGUCAAGGUAUUGCGAUGCAUAAGUCCCCUCGAAUUGGACAACGUUGUGCUCGGUCAGUAUGUUGGCAAUCCCAACUCCGACGUUCCCGAUGCCAGAAUGGGAUACCUGGACGAUCCUACCGUUCCCGCUGGUUCAAACACCCCAACCUAUGCCAUGGCGGUUGUAAAAAUUAACAACGAAAGAUGGGACAACGUGCCGUUCAUCCUGAGGUGUGGAAAAGCAUUGAAUGAGCGCAAAGCAGAGGUUCGAAUUCAGUACAGAGAUGUGCCUGGAGAUAUAUUCGAUGGUAAGCCAAAGAGAAAUGAAUUGGUGAUAAGGUUGCAGCCUGGAGAAGCAAUUUAUAUUAAAAUGAUGACCAAAUCUCCGGGCAUAACAUUUGACAUGGAGGAAACUGAGUUGGAUUUGACCUACGGCAGUAGAUACAAGGAGCUCAAGCUGCCCGAUGCAUACGAAAGACUAAUUUUAGACGUAUUCUGCGGUUCGCAAAUGCACUUUGUAAGGAGUGAUGAACUCGCCGAAGCUUGGAGAAUUUUCACGCCGUUACUUCAUCGGAUUGAAAAGGAAAACAUCCAGCCGAUACCUUACGAAUACGGAUCACGAGGACCCAAGGAAGCUAACGAAAAAGCGAAGGAAAACAAUUUCAAGUACUAUGGUUCCUAUAAGUGGGUGAAACCUGAUCAUCAGUAAUUAAAUCGCCAGUUUUAUCACAAAUCGUAAUAUUUUAUUAGUAAAGGAAAUGUUGUCGGCGCGCCGUAAAAAUUUUAACAAUCAACGAAAUAAAUCUCGAAUCAAGCAAAAAACAAUUAUAGAUCCGAUAAAUUACAACUAGACUUGACCCGGAUUAUUUUUCAUCCAAUUUUUUUUUUAAUAUUUAUAUUCCUUCGUCCCAAAAUUGACGUUUAUACAAUUCUAAAAUCAUUCCUGGAAACUAUUUCCUAGCUUGCUCAAAAUGGUGUUCUUGUAAUCAUGUUUACUUAAAAUACAACGAAUUUUUCAUUUCUUUAUUUUAUGCACAUUUCUUCCCGGUAUAAACAAAUCAUUCCAUAGAUCGUUUUUUUUUCAAGCGUUACAUAAGGAUCUAUUCAACAUAAACGAGCCAUAAAAAAUAAAAUUAAUCAACAUUAUAGUUGAAAUCAUGCAUCCUACCACGACAAAAAAUAAUGUACAAUAUUUUUUAUACAUAUUUAAAUAUUUCAUAAUUAUUAGGCUAUGUUAUUGUUAAUCAUUAUUGUAAAAACGAAAAAAAAACUUUCGAAAAGAAUGCAAUAACUUGAUCAUCUUUGAUGCGCAAUAAAAUUGUUGAGUAAAGUAGAGAAAAAUAUGCAACGGAAAAAUUAAGCAAAAUGAUGAAUACUGGCAAACUUAAUACUCACUAAGUACGUAAGAUUAUUACAAACUCCAAAGGAACAAUCUAAGUUACAUUCCGUCACCCAUAAUCUUAACAUUUACUCUGAGCACAGAAUGUUUAUACUAAAUAAGGUACACAAAUUUCGGUUGUUUUUAUUUAACUAUCAUCGUCUAUGUGAGACUUGUGUGGACCAAUUGCAAUGAGACGAGACUAUUACUAUAUGUUAAAUAAAUUAAAAUCCUGAAAGUUCAAAGAUUGAAAAUAAAUCUAGCGAUUUAUGUAUUAUAAA